AUGCUAUACAGUGAAGAGCUAACGAAUGAACGAUCAUCCAGCGAAGAAAGCUUCGUUGAAAAACUACAAGAGGCAUAUCAAUUACUUAAAGACGAACCAAAUGCAUAUGAUACGAUGGAACUCCCUAGGAAAGUGCACAGCAUGAAGGAUGAAAUCAACGAUAAGUACAUUGCGUCUGAACAGCCGAAAGUAUGCAGAAAGCGUGCGUGUGCAGGUUUUUCAGCUGCAGAAAUCAACAUGGACAGCAAAGUCGGAUUUGCACUCUUCCAAGAAGACAUGAUGCUAACCGGACAACAAACCGAAGAGAUCUGGGAAGACAUUAUAGACAGCGAGGGAAGUCGCAAAAAACGACAAGCUUAUCGUGAUGAAAAAUAUCCUAAAACCUUGUGGUCUAAUGGAAUAAAUUACGCAUUCUGGAAUGCAACUGAUGACGUAGUCUGGGUUAUAUACGGGGCAUCGUCUUGGUCACAUCUCGGAAGAAUUGGUGGAGUUCAGAUUCUCUCACUAGGGAUUCUUACUGGAUUGGAGCUGCACGAGCUCGGCUACGCCAUUGGUCGCUACCACACGCCAGCGAAACACGAUCGUGACAAUUUCAUAGAAGUUCGCUUGAAGAACGUCCUCGAUGGUUGGAAAGACCAGUUUGCUAAAGAAUCUGAACGUACCAACUACAAUUACAACAUCACCUACGAUUACGGAACUGUUAUGCAUUACGGAACAACGGCGUUGGCCAAAUUUUCAGUGUUUUAG